CGUGCCCGCCGGCCUGGCGCUCAUCUGCGUUUCUAACGCGCCCUCCAGCCGCACCCCCUCCCGGCCAUGAGUGACCUGCAGGAAGAAGGCAGACAUGCCAUCAAUUCGCCGAUGUCCCCCGCCUCGACGGAUGUCCACCCCGAAGACACCCUGCUAGAGGAGAACGAGGAGCGCACGAUGAUCGACCCCACCUCCAAGGAUGACCCCAAAUUCAAGGAGCUGGUCAAGGUUCUCAUUGACUGGAUCAACGACGUACUGGUGGAGGAGAGAAUCAUCGUGAAGCAGCUGGAGGAGGACCUUUACGACGGCCAGGUGCUGCAGAAGCUCUUGGAAAAACUGGCAGGCUGCAAGCUGAAUGUGGCUGAGGUGACACAGUCCGAGAUCGGGCAGAAGCAGAAGCUGCAGACGGUGCUGGAAGCCGUGCAUGGCCUACUGCGGCCCCACGGCUGGGCGCUCCAGUGGACCGUUGACUCAAUUCACAGGAAGAACCUGGUGGCCAUCCUCCACCUCCUCGUGUCCCUGGCCAUGCACUUCCGGGCCCCGAUCCGCCUCCCCGAGCACGUGUCCGUGCAGGUGGUUGUUGCGCGGAAGCGGGAAGGCCUGCUGCAUUCCAGCCACGUCACGGAGGAGCUGACCACAACAACGGAGAUGAUGAUGGGUCGCUUCGAGCGGGACGCCUUCGACACCCUCUUCGACCACGCCCCGGACAAGCUCAGCGUGGUGAAGAAGUCUCUCAUCACGUUUGUGAACAAGCACCUGAACAAGCUGAACUUGGAGGUGACAGAACUGGAGACCCAGUUUGCAGAUGGCGUCUACCUGGUUCUGCUCAUGGGCCUUCUGGAGGACUACUUCGUGCCCCUGCACAACUUCUACCUGACCCCAGACAGCUUCGACCAGAAGGUCCACAACGUGGCGUUUGCCUUUGAGCUGAUGCUGGACGGAGGGCUCAAGACACCCAAGGCUCGCCCUGAAGAUGUGGUGAACCUGGAUCUCAAAUCCACCCUGAGGGUUCUUUACAACCUUUUCACCAAGUACAAGCACCUGGAGUGAGAGCAGAGAGCAGCGGAGACCCUGCAGGGCCGGGAGGCCCGCCAGCCUUGUUCCCCACCCCACCCCUCCCCCACGCCAACCAGCCUCUUCGGGUUAUUGCUUUUAAGCUCCCCUGUGUAGCCCGCAGUGGGCAGGAUCCUUUGAAAGGCAGGAUUCUGCACCCCAGU